AUGCUAGAUGUUGCUUAUAGUCAUUAUCAAUCUUCAAGCAGUCAGGUGACUGUCUUUUUCGAGGAAACUCAUCAAAAUACAACGGAUCAACCAAUCAAAAAUCCGGAGUUAAAGACGGCCUUUGCCGCCGUCUUUCUCCUCAGCCACGUCGAGCUUAUAGCGCAAUCAACACCCAAGGCCUUGACAUGGCCACUACAGCAUGUCCAUGCGGCUCAUACGCGGGUCCGACAGCACAGCGAAAGCAUCCAGGGUUGGGCAGGGACAAGUCGACGCUUACUCACUUGGAUGACCUUGCUACAAAACAAAGCUGAAUACAACGGCGGCAGCCCAUGUGCGAAUCGUAGGGACGAUGAGACUUUCGAACACAGCAGCAGCUCUUCCACUCACGAACGGCAAACGGAUGAAAACGCGGAUCAAAUAAAGGAUGGGGGUGUUUGGGGAAGAUCUAACCAUGGAAACGGUGUCUGGGGAACGGUUGUUGAAUCACCUUCUCCAGCUGAGCUUCUUGGUGAAAUUAUCAAUCAGCCAGCUCUUGAGUUUCACCUUCGAGCACAGAGCUUUACUCCACGGAUCAUUGCUCUAGACAAACAUCACCAUAAAAGAGGCACGCUGGAGACCGACUUCGAAAUCCUAAAACGAGGGAUCUCUAUAAACGCCAGUCUUCAUUCACUCUGGGAAGAGAGACCAGCCAUAUUCCUAUUGCUCGAGGACCCCAAAGGAAUAUCAGAUAUUCUUCAGCCAUCCUACGGAAAGGUAGUGUUGCGCAACCUCCGCGUCUACAGCGCAAACUUCUGGGCACACUACAUAUACCUUCAUCGCGUGGCUUUCGUGGCCUACCCAGUCACGGAUGAUGUAACACGCGCCGUGUCUGAGAUCAGCGAGCUAGCAAAGGCUCUUUCCGCGGAUCUUCACCAAGAACAAGAUGUUGAUUGCGAGGCUCACUGCCAAAACUCUCCGUCGCCUCUCAGCCAUGACGAAAUCCAUUUGCCGCACUCCAUGUUUUGGCCAUUAUUCAUGCUUUGUCUCGAAUGUCCCCCUCAUGAUCGCGAUCAGUUUCUGGGUAUGGUGCGAAAGAUCUGUUGUCUUCCCAACUUUGAUAAAGGUGUGCUUCUGCUUGAGGAGGUCCUGCGGAGACAAGAUGCGGCCAACGUCAGGAUUGAUCACAGGGAUGUCCGAAAAGAACUCUUUGAUUCAGAACUAAGCGUCAUUUACUAG